UAACAAUUUGGUCAAAACGCUAUGCCACAAGCUAAACAUUAUUUCAUAUCGUUUAUUAAUUUAGUUUUCUUUUAGAUUUGAACGCCACAACAUGUGCUGCGGUUCAAGAGCAGCUAUUCACGGUGGUGCCGCCGCCGCCACCGUCUCCGGUACGAGAGUCUUUUCGGGGAAUAUAUUUUUAAAAGUAAUACUUUUUGCACUGAUCGCUUUUCGAGUCGUUAAUUCGCAAACUACAACAACGCCAGCAGAAAGAACAACUUUAAAAUACACCACAACGGAAAUUUCACCAAGGUCAAUAACCAAUGAUAAACCUCUUUUCUGUAAGUCAGAACCUUUCAAAAAUGGGACCUUACGCUGGAAUCAGGCCGAAGUCGGAACGGCAGCCAUAACUAAUAUACCCUGCCUGCAACGAAAUGGACUUCCGCUCACUCGAAAAUGUCAGCUUGAUAGUUUCUCGCAGCCACUUUGGGAGGACAUUUCUACGAAGUCAAUCGAUUGCUUAGAACUGACCCGUCAAAAACUGAUAACUAAAGUUCUGAUGAACUUGGAGCGACUGGCAUUUGUUGAGAAUAGCACAGCGCCUGCAGAAGCAGUUAGGCUUUUGAAACGGAAUCUCAGAGCGAAGAACAUCAAACUGAUUCCGACUGACAUACAUUUCGCUUGUAGAAUUGUCAAACAAGCUGUGGAACGUGCAAAAUCAGCUGAUCUAUGUUUGACAUUGCUUGGUAUGUACAACGGCCUCAUGGGAGUCGAUAGGGAAGUUCUUCGGGCGUCGACAGUGUUCAAUUCAACAAACAAAUUGGUUGCGAGUUUUGAAUCUUGCGUCGAUGGAACUUAUCGAGAGAGGAGCAGUGCUCGUUGGGAGGAGCGUGUUGAAAUGCUCGAACUUGCUGAAUUGGGUGUGAGAGCACAUUUGGCACAGAAUUUGAGUGUUUUUCUCAUAGAUCCCAAUGUAGCUAACGUCUCGGGAAUAGCACUAUAUGAUCAACCAUUGAGUGAUGGUGCUGGUUCUAAGAUGUUCCGAGAGGAAUUUGGGGACUUCUAUUAUCGCUUCCUGUACUCGAACGAAUCCGUUACUAAUUUGCUUAAAGACAAGGGACUCCAGGUAGCAAGGAAUUUAACGCAGGACCUAUCCCAUCCUGGGUUCGUUAUCAUAAAAGUCUAUUCCAGUGAUGUCCUCUUUCUGCAACCUUCACUCCGGACCGACCGAAAAGUGUUUAGUAAAAUUGCAUCGGUGACUAUACCAGGGGUAAGGGGAUCAUUCGAUGGGUUUCUUCCGGUAAUAUUCAGAAACACUGGUCCAUCAGUCAGUCAUCCAGAAACUGGAUGUGGAUAUUGGAAUUACGAAACCUGGUUGAGUGAUGGCAUUGUGGUGCUCGAAAAACGAGGAGACCUUGUAGCUUGUGGAACACACCAUAUGACCCAAUUUUCCUAUCUCAUUGGGGGAGAUUAUCGCUUUGCGGACUUUUCUGAGAGUGUUGUAAUAACCAAACUUCAUCUGCGAGCCUUGGACAUCAUCACUCUCAUCGGUUGCACCCUGUCAGUUAUUGGACUGUUGGGAAUUUUCAUAACCAGCAUUCUUUUCAAAUCCUGGCGCUCGAAAGCGUCCUCGAAAGUCCUUCUGCAUUUGUGCACAGCGAUGAUAUGUCAAAUGGCCAUUUUCUGUUUCGUCAAUACCAACGACAUGACCGAACAGUUGGUGGAGGACCGAGACUACAUUGGAUGUGUUGCAGUGGGAGCUCUUUUGCAAUACUUCGUGCUGGUUCAGUUCAUUUGGAUGCUGCUUAUUGCUUUCUUCCAGUUCCAACGCUACGUUCAAGUAUUCGGCUCAAAGCCCAAACAUUUUGUGUUGAAAUCGGCCAUAAUCGGUUGGGGGGUACCAAUAAUCCCGCCAGCCAUUCUCAUUGCCGUUGAUCGUUCAUCAUACAUUCCGGACUUUGAAAACGAUAAAUCCCUAAUGUGCUAUCCCUCGGGACAUGGUUUGCACCUGGGCGUCGUUCUCCCAGUCACCCUGAUCAUCAUGGCCAACUUUAUUAUCUUCGUGAUGGUCUUCUGGAACAUCAGCCACACCAUGGAAUCAUCGUCGUCAAAGGUCAAUGAGAAGAAGAAAAUUUUGCGUCAGAUUCGGCUUUUGAUCAUGAUGUUUUUCCUCUUCGGCUUCUCGUGGAUAUUUGGACUGUUGGCUGCAAUGGAGGCGGGCUUGGUAUUUUCGUAUCUGUUUUGUUUGACUGCCACUUUGGAGGGAUUUGUGUUGUUUGUGUAUUUUGUUCUGCUCGAUCCAACAACCAGAAAAUUGUGGUCAGAAUUGUUUGGCAAAGAUAAAGACAAGUUAAGGGAAUCAGAGACUGUUAAGUUGAGAUCAGGAACAAACACAACGAGUGGUUGAGAAAAUUAAUGUCAUGAUCAAUAUUGAGAUUAUAUCGAAUAUGAAUUUCUAUUAAUAUUAUAUUUAUUAAAUGCACGUGUAGUUUCCUUUUAAGUCAAUCAUUGUUUAUCAUCGUUUUUGAAAAAUAAAUGUUUUAA